AUGUCGUUACUGCCGGUAGAAGUACUUGAGGGGCGCGAGACUGAAAUUGGCCCAGUUGCGCGCGUACCGCGCGAGAGGCCCGCGAAAAGUUUGCACCAAAUAGCCACCGCCCCAAAUAGGUCUUCCCCAAAUCGAACCCUCAUCCACACUGUCCUCUCCCACACCAACGCCGCCGCCCCCGCCCCCGUCCUCGUCCGCCUUAGAUCUCCACCGCCGACGACGACCCCCAUCGGUGUCGAUGGCGCCCGAUGCGUCGAGGUCGACGUCGCCUCCUUCCAUAGUCAUGCGAGGUCGAAUCCUCGGCUCCCUCCCUUCGACACCACCGAUGGUGUGUCGAGGUGGAUCCGUCGAUGUCGCCCCCCUCUCCCGCACCAGACCCCGCGGAGAAGUCCGAGCCUCCUCCAUUGGCCUGCGAGCGUGGCGAUGACAAGCGCUAGAGGAACCGUUGCUGCUUGGCUCCUCCGCUGUCUCAGGGUCGUCGCGCCACCACCAUGCUGUCGCGCUCCUAUUCUCCGCAGCCCUCCACGGCUCGGCGCUGACGAGGACCGACGGGAUCCCCGCCACUGCUUCCUCCACCCAGCGGCGAGAGCUGUGCCCGCUCUUCACUACGCCGGCACACCACGCUGCUCAGAUCCGUCAUGGUGGAAACCCGAUACAGGUUUCCCUACAGAAGUUGAUGGGGGUUUCGAAGAUCUUCAAGCUGCUGAAGAUUUGGGAGAUUCGGAAGAUCUUUAAGCUGUUGAAGAUAUGGUAGAGUGAUUAUGCUUUGUUUGUGGAACCUAUACACUUGCUCUGCUCAUUUUGCCGGUUGUUAGGCCACAAUAUGCUCAUUUUGGUUGUGUGGCACCCCAGAAACAUAUGUUCUUUUGUGGCACACAUGUAGAAACAUAUAUGUAUUGUACCUUUUGUGGCACAACCUGCUUAUAUAUAUAUGGUUGUUAUGUUAAUUUAUCGAAUUGACUUUAAGGUUU